AUGUCUUGGUCGAGUCUGCAAAGACUGGAGGGAUAUAGCAUGGUCUACCUCCACGUUGUGGACAACCGUGGACAUUUGCAUAAGAAAUGGCGUGCCAACGGUCGAGACCUGGACAUUUAUGUUGAGAAACUGGGAGCAGAAAACUGUUGCCCGCCUGUUGCGCUGAUGAAGUUGCUGGUACGACAUAGUUCACAAUGGCGUGCCCUACUUCUUCGAAUCCCGCGCGACUGGUGUUCUCUCCUCUCCAAGGAGAUCGGCGAGAUUGCCGACCUCACUCGCCUCACUACUUUUACCUACGACAACUCUUAUCAUCGUACAGAUUUAGAUUGGAAUACUUCUUCCUCCCUUCUCAAUUUAACUAGGGCGCCAAACCUUCGCGAUAUUACUAUUGGAAGCAUUUGUUAUAUUUCCAACGUCGUCCUCUUGCCAGAGAAGCAGAUCACUUCCUUAUCCUUGUUAGACGGCACCGAAAUCGACUUGCGUUAUCUUCUUAAAUCCCUUUCAAACGUGACUGAAGCUCACAUGUCAAACAUCUCUCCGGUUGGGAGAAUGGGAUUGUAUUUCAGCAUAUAUCACUGCCGUAUGCGAACCCUUCAUCUGACAUUUCACAAUUGGAACAGCUUCGUAACUCUAUUAAUGAGUCUUUGGAGAUUCCCUUCAUUACAGAACUUAACUCUGAACAUCAUCUCCAAUGAAGAUUCGGUUUCGGAAACUCCCUUAUACCUCCUGCAUUUCGUUUCACGUUCACAAUGCAAGCUCACGCAUCUGUAUCUCAAUUUCAUCCUUCCGGAUGAUGUGGAAAUACUCAUCGAAUUGCUCAGCACCCUCAAGUUACUAGAGGUGUUGGAGAUCAAAAAUCGUCAGCCAAGUCCCAUGAAAUCUGGAGACGCAUUAUUUGGAGCCUUGCGCCCCGCGCCUGAUCCACUUGAUUCUUUGGUGCCGAUUCUUAGGGAGUUCACAUACGAAGGGCCUCUCACACAAUCCCAUUUGGAGACUUUGUUGGAAGUCAUGAUUUUGAGAGCAACCAGGGACACUGUCACCGAGAAGCUGGAUAAAUUCGUAUUGAAGUCCACAGUAUCAGGAAUUUUGGGAUCGGUACAAUGGUAUAUUCCUUCCUCGUCCUCACCAAUUCCUUUAAAUCUGCAUUCUCAGCUCCGUGAUCUUCUUACGGGGCUUGUUCAUCUCGGAGUUUUUGCAUUAUCUACUUUUGAUGGGAAGGCUUGGACAUUGGAUGGAUAUGGAAAUAUGGUAUACUUAUUCGAUUAA